AGGUCCGCUAUGAGGAAGUGUUUUGUCCCGAGGACUGCAUUAGCUCAUUAGCUAUGUUUUCAUAUAUCUGAUAUUUUGCUGUGUGCUCGGUUUUUAUGGGCAAUUGGGUUCUUGAUUAUAAACCGUGAAGCGAAAACAAAAUAUAGCUCAAGCUAAAUAAAACCAAGGCAAAAUGUCAUCAGAGGAGUUUGAAAAGUUACAUGAAGUGUACAAAUCUCUGUACGACGAACUGAAGCUGAUGCCGAACCGGGCUUCAGGAUGUCAUGGAGAGGAAAAGAAGCGGUUGGUGAGAGACUUUGAUGAGAGAUUUGGGGAGGCAGAAGAAAUGUUACAGGGGAUGGAUAAAGAGUUGCAGAGCGCUCCCGCGUCCUUCCGAAAUCAAAUGUCCUCAAAAGUGCGGCUGUACCGCAGAGACUUGGGCAAGUUGCAGCGCGAGAUGAAGACCUCUGACCUGGGUUUGGGCUUCGCGGGCCGAGCAGGAGACGGCAGACACAGUGUCUAUGGGUCCCAGAAUGAGCAGAGCACGCAGAUUCAGUCACAGCGAGCCCUCCUGCUGCAGGGCACCGACUCCCUGAACAACGCCAGUCGCAGCAUCGAGCGGAGCCAGCGCAUCGCCGCGGAGACGGACCACGUCGGCAGGGACAUCAUCGAGGAGCUGGGGGAGCAGAGGGAGCAGCUGGACCGAACCCGAGAUCGGCUGGUCAACACUGGAGAGAACCUCAGCCGCAGCCGCAGGAUCCUACGCUCCAUGUCCCGCAAGUUGGUGACUAAUAAACUCCUGCUGGCUGUCAUCAUCCUGAUGGAGCUGGGCAUUCUGGGUGCUGUGGUUUACCUCAAGUUCUUCCGCAAGUAGGGGGGGAGGCGAGGGGGGCUACGUCAGCCGGCGAGGUUAACGGCACGUUCCAGGCCUGGCCUCCUCCUCCUCCUCCUCCUCCUCCUCCUCCGACUCAAGAUUUCUG